AGGCUCAGGCUCUGUUCGCCGGGUCGGUACGUUGGGCUGCGCCACGUGAGUAAGCGGGUUUUUCGCGCUGACAUCACGGGAGGACAGUGACGUCAUUUUUUUUUAAGAAGGAUUUCCUAAGCUCUUGACGUCCUGAAGAUGCCUAGAAAGCAGGACCUGGAAGACGAGGAGGAGAAGGGGAAGGAGGCAGAUAAGGUGGUGAAGAAAGGAAAGAAAGACAAGAAGGGAAAGAAAUCGUUUUUCGAGGAGUUGUCAGCAGAUAAUAAACAGGCUCAAGAGGAGGAAGCGGCCAAGGAGCGAGAGAAGGAACAGCAGCAACAGCAGCAAAAGAAGAAAGACAAAAAGAAAGACCGAAGAAAACAAAAGGGGGGCGGCGAUGAUGACGACGAAGACCGGGAGGUUACAGAGAAGCUGAAGAAAUUGUCAGUGCAGCCCAGUGACGAAGAGGAAGACUCAGACCCUGUCCCUGUUCCCCGGCGUGGUAAAGCACAACCCUUAGGGAAAAAUAUUUUUGCUGCUCUCGGUAGUGGUGAUAGUGAGGAAGAGGAAGAAGAGGAGGGGGAGGAGGAGAAGCAGCCAACUAAGAAAAAUAAAGGAAAAAAAGAAAAGAAAGAAGUGAAGGAAGAAGAAAAGAAACCAAACAAGAAAGGAAAAAGAAAUGAACCCAGCAAGCCGAAGCCGCCUAGUGAAGAAAGCGAGGAGGAAAUACCAAAGGAAAAAUCGAAAGCCAAAAAACCUCCACCCAAAGCUCCUGAUCUCAGUGAUGAGGAAGAGAAGAAACCUAAGAAGGGCAAACAGAAGCCAAAACCUCCCCAGAAUCGUUUUGUUGCUCUGGACGAAGAUGAAGGUAUGGGAUCUGAUGCAGGAUCUGAAGAGAAGUCAGCAGAUGAAGAUGAUGGUGAAGAAAAGCCCGCUGCAGCCGAAGAUCCUUUUGCCAACUUAAGUAAGAAGGAGAAGAAGAAAAUGAAGAAACAGCUGGAUUAUGAGAAACAGGUGGCUACGAUGAAGAAGGCAACAGCGGCCGAAAAUGACUUCUCUGUGUCCCAAGCUGAGCUCUCGUCUCGUCAGGCCAUGCUGGAAAACGCCUCCGACAUCAAGCUGGAGAAAUUCAGCAUUUCUGCCCACGGCAAAGAGCUGUUUGUUAACGCUGACUUGUACGUGGUGGCGGGACGUCGUUAUGGUUUAGUGGGUCCGAACGGGAAAGGGAAGACCACGCUCCUGAAACACAUUGCCAACAAGGCCCUGAACAUUCCGCCGAACAUAGACGUGUUGCUUUGUGAGCAAGAGGUUAUAGCUGAUGACACCCCGGCUGUCCAGUCGGUUCUGAAAGCUGAUACAAAGCGUAUCAAGUUAUUGGAGCAGGAGAAGAGACUGCAGGCCAGGCUGGAGAAGGGGGAUGACAGCGUAGCUGAGCUUUUGGAGAAGGUUUACGAAGAGCUAAGAGCCUCCGGAGCUGCCUCUGCAGAAGCCAAAGCUCGUAGGAUUUUGGCUGGUUUGAGUUUUACCCCAGAGAUGCAGGAUCGGGAGACCAGGAGAUUCAGUGGAGGGUGGAGGAUGAGAGUGUCAUUGGCCAGGGCUCUCUUCAUGGAACCAACGCUCCUCAUGUUGGAUGAACCCACAAAUCACUUGGAUCUCAACGCUGUCAUCUGGCUUAACAAUUAUCUCCAGGGCUGGAAGAAAACCCUCCUCAUAGUGUCCCACGACCAGGGAUUCUUGGACGAUGUAUGUACAGACAUAAUGCACCUUGAUGCACAGAAGCUGUAUUAUUACCGGGGAAAUUACAUGACCUUUAAGAAAAUGUAUCAGCAGAAACAGAAGGAGAUGCAGAAACAGUAUGAUAAGCAGGAAAAGAAGCUGAAGGAUUUAAAAGCUGGAGGCAAAUCUUCCAAGCAAGCAGAGAAACAGACAAAAGAAGCCUUAACGCGAAAGCAGCAGAAAUGUCGGAAGAAGAAUGCAGAUGAGGAGAGCAAUGAACAGGCCGGGUUACUGAAGAGACCAAAGGAAUACACCGUGAAAUUCACCUUCCCAAACCCCCCACCACUCAGUCCUCCUAUUCUUGGCCUCCAUGGGGUUGAUUUUGGCUAUCAAGGACACAAGCUGCUGUUUAAGAACUUGGAUUUUGGCAUAGACAUGGAUUCCAGAGUCUGUAUCGUGGGCCCGAAUGGUGUAGGGAAAAGUACGCUGCUCCUGCUGUUGACUGGUAGACUGACCGCUACAAAAGGAGAAAUGAGGAAAAAUCACCGACUGAAAAUUGGGUUCUUUAACCAGCAGUAUGCCGACCAGCUAACCAUGGAGGAGACGGCGACCGAGUAUCUGCAGAGAAACUUCAACCUCCCGUAUCAGGAUGCCAGGAAGUGCUUGGGGAGGUUCGGUCUGGAGAGCCAUGCGCACACCAUUCAGAUCUGCAAACUUUCAGGAGGGCAGAAAGCUCGUGUCGUCUUUGCCGAAUUAUGCUGUAGAGAACCAGAUGUCCUCAUUUUGGAUGAACCCACAAAUAACUUAGAUAUUGAAUCCAUCGAUGCUCUGGCUGAGGCUAUAAAUGAAUAUAAAGGAGCGGUGAUCACGGUCAGCCACGACGCACGUCUCAUCACUGAGACAAAUUGCCAGCUGUGGGUUGUAGAGGACCAGACUGUGAAUCAGAUAGAAGGCGACUUUGAUGACUACAAGAGGGAAGUCCUGGAGAGUCUGGGUGAAGUCAUGAUCAACAAGCCCAAAGACAAGGAGUGACCGGCCUACAAAUGAGCGUGCCAUAACCAUCUGCCCAGAUAUGGACCCACUCUGAGAUGUGGUGGAGGAAUAAGGACCCGGGUCUCCGGUUUUUAAAUCUCAUUUUGCUGCCUUGUUAUUGCAGAGAAGAAAAAUAAAUAUUUAUAUAUUGGAUAA